AUGUUGCGCCAAGUCUGGUUGGUGUGGAUUUGGCCCCGACUUUUGCGGUACAGACAAGCAUUCACCCAACGAAAUGACGGCAAGGAAUGCCCAUUGAAGAUAUGCUGCAGUCAAUACGGCUUUUGCGGCGUGACAGAAGACUUUUGUGCCGUCACGGAUGACCCCAAGACAUCUUGCCAAUCAAACUGCGACCAACCUGACUCCGGCAGCUCCGAAGCAAAUGUCCAAAAGAGAAUCAUCGGCUACUACGAAGCUUGGAAUCAUGACAGCGUUUGCAGAGGCAUGAAGAUCUCCGAUAUCCCUGAGCGCAGCCUCACACACUUGUAUUUCGCGUUUGGCUUCAUUACACCGGAUACGGAUACUUUCGGUGUCGUACCAAUGCCUAACACUUCGCAUGACCUAUUCAGAGAUGUCGCUGCUAUCAAGAAGGACAACCCGGACCUGAAGGUCCUCAUCGCGCUCGGUGGAUGGGGAUUUAACGACAACAACACCGUAACUCAGCCGGUAUUCCAUGACCUUGUCUCAAAGUCUUCCGCCCGAAAGAAUUUUAUUGCGAACCUGCUCAUUUUCCUUCGAGGCUAUGGCUUCGAUGGAGUGGACUUUGAUUGGGAAUAUCCCGGAGCGUCAGAUCGUGGCGGUGGCGAGUACGACGGCGAAAACCUCGCGCUCUUGUUGAAAGAGCUGAAGCAGGCUAUUGCGAAAGACCCGGCGGAUUAUCUCGUAUCCUUCACCGCUCCAACAUCCUACUGGUAUCUUCGGCAUUUCACCCACCUGGCUGAGUACAUGGACCAUGUCGAUUGGGUCAAUGUCAUGACGUACGACCUGCACGGUGUUUGGGACAUCAAAUACCUGACCUGGAAGGAUCAAUGGGUCUCCUUCGAUGACAUUGAUACAUUUCAAGAGAAGAUCUCCUUUGCCAAUUCCAUCGGUUUAGGUGGCUUAUUCAUUUGGGCACUCAACCAUGACACCCCUGACUUUGACGCCUUGCAAGGAGUGAUUCAUCCCAAAACUCUCGGCUCCUACGGCGCAGAAGCAGAGGCUGCAGACCAUUGCCGCAAUGCUCCUGAUGGAGACUGCAGGGUCACAGACUGCGACGAGGAAGUUUUCCUUCCGGUUCCACUGGACUACCUUUUUCCAGAUCCUCCGCCGGCGGAUGAAGCUGACAGCGAAUUCACUCUUAAAUUGGACUCAGCAAACAACAAAGACAAAAGCGCUGCGUACAAUGAUGAUCCUGACAACGGCGCAUUUGGAUUUGUCGUGCUUACUUCACCCGAAGAAGUGCAUAUUACACUCGACAAGCGCGAUGGCUCUCAUUGGGAAUUUCUCGAUUGUUUCGACGGCGGCGAGGCAGAGCACACUGUCCGAAUGACCUGGACGUUAUGCUGUCGCCAAGUCGCUGGAAGUCUCCGCAAACCAGAGCUUGCCACAACACCUCAGGAAGCGUGGAGUAGAGUACGGAUUGAUUACAGCAAUCAGCCUGGCUAUUGGGACGGCGUCGUUGAUAAGGCUGCUACACACCAGAGGAAACGGGAUCUGAGCGAGCAUCGCAACAACCACAAGCGCUGGCUUGAGGAGGCUUGGCGUGAAGAUAUGCAUGGUGGCCAUCUCGACCAUGAUGAACUGCACAAGCGUUGGUUCGGCAGCGAUGUUCUUGAUUGGCUCAAAGGCAUCCUCGGUGGUGGUUUUUCUGGAGAAGUUGAGUUCAAGUACUCUUACAGGGAUGACUUUAUCGUCAAGUUGAUUGAGGAGAGAUAUGGUCCCUGCAACAUCAACGGCGUUGAAGUAUCGGCAAGCCUGGAUGUGAAAGCCGAAGCGCAUGUCGAAGUUGACACUACUUACGGCUUUACGCUUAUCACUACAUUGGACUUCCCUCCAGACCUUAGCAACUCCUACUUGUUCUUUCGGAACAGGGGAGAGCCAACUGCGAAGUUUACAGUCGAUGCUCUCGCUACAGCCACUUUUAGAUCCGGUGAUUUCGAAUUCUUGUCAGCAGACAAAUUCGGUGCUGCUUUCACCGUACCCGGCAUUCUGACCAUCGGCCCUAACUUCAAGCUUCUCGGCUCUGUGGACGGAGAGGUCUCUGUCUCCGGGAAUCUGCAGGCUCAGGUGAAAUUAGCGGACUGGGAUGUCCGCCAGACCUAUCCUGUGGCAUCCGACGAAUGGAAUCCAGAAGCCGAAAAGGAGCCAAGUCGGUCAGGUACACAGCCAAUUGGAGAGCCAGAGAUUACUUAUGAGAGUGGCUCCAUUGGCCCGGAAUUUGGUAAUGGCUCAUUCGCCCCCAUUCAUCCCGUCCAACGUACUCGAAAGCUCAACACUUGGUCUGUCAACGGAGUCAAGUAUACGAUCUACUUCCAAGACUAUCCUUCCUGUGCAGAGGCCGCCAAGAACAAAAAGGCGAGCAGGUGGUGGGGAUUUGGACCAACGAACAACAAAAGUCCAGCUUGUCCCCUCAUCUUCAAGAAGUUCAAGAGUAACGAAAUCGGAUCGUCACAGUUCCAAGCCGAUCACAUAUAUGAGGCUCAGGCCCUACUUCUUUUCUUCAAGUGGCUUAGCAGUUCCUCUGAAACUUCGAUCCCUUGGCCAAACGGCUACACACGGCCCAAACCUGAGUGGGUUCUUGGAAAGCUUUUGGGGGUGACUGGCAGUAAUCUACCACCUGUUUUCACCGUAAAGCAGUCAUCGGCACCGUACGAUGACAGUUUGUGGCUCCUUGGCGCACGCGAGAUUGGGGCUUAUGGGGCCACUGAAAAUCGACUUGCCUUAUUGGAGGAGGGAAUCAACAACAACAAAGGCACCUGGUUCCAGCUAAGCAUUCCUCAGAAAACGAUGGACAGCAUCAGGGAUACCAAGAGAUGGCAAAGAGAUGUCGCCAGAGUGUUCCAAUAUCUCAAAGACGAUACAAUCAACAAGCACUGGCGGGAGGUGUCAUGGGCCAUCGAAGGUAUCAUGGAUGACUUUGAUAAACAAUACAAGUGGAACGAUCCUGGCAUGCUGGUCCGCCCGACGCGCCAGCCGACCCAGCCUCGGCCAGGUUUGCGAGACUUGUACUGCUUCUUUAUCGACGCGUACUUGCGCGAAAUUGAGAAGAAGUCGUCUGCCUGGGCAAUAGCAGCCAAGCAGGAGCUAGCGUCUGACUCAAAGACUGACGGAGCAGAAAAGCAAUCCUGGAUUAGGACGGCAAUGUCCCCUCCUGGCAUUGUUACCCCAACUGCGAUGACCUUCAAGAAAUUUGGAAGUGCGUGGACGCCGGGCACAAACAGGGAGGUCCUGAAAAGUCAAUAUGGGAUGUGGCAAAUGGGCCGAGCAGGUCCAUGGUAA